AUGUUCACUUCCAGUCUUUUCCCCUUGCAAGUGAUUCCUUGUAGGCUAGCUUCCAAUUUCAAUACGUCUCUUAAUGAAGAAGUCACAGUGGUUGGGGAUAAUCGAGUAUUCAAAGUGGGGGUUUAUGAGGUAGAUGAUGAUUGGAAGCCUUUCUCUUGUUCAGAAGAAUCAAUGGCGGAAUCUGAUGAGGAAGACGAUGAAGACGGCAUCUCCGACACGGUGUUCGAUACUGAUGACGGGCUGGAGGAAGGAGAGAUUGGGCCAGAUGCCGACUCCGAUCAGAUUCCUGAUGCAGAAAUUGGAAGAAACUUCCUAGUCGAUGACUCCGACGAAAUUCCGGCAGGCAGGGCAACAGUCGUUCCUAGGAAUUCGGGAAAUCAACACAUUGAAUCGUCCAACAAUGAUGAAAUCCAACAGUCAGAAUUUAAUUCAAUCAUUAAUGAAUCUCCUAGGAACAUGGACGACAUGAUGGAGGUCAACAAUGGGGAUGACGGAGGCGAAUCUGGGACCCCACACAGCCUUCCUUGA